UAAACAAACAAUUUUUCAUGUGUGAAUUCAAGAUUUUCCAAUCCGGACGAUUUUCGUAGUGUGACACAAAAAAGGAAGGAAACUGGAAAGUAGAUAAAUAUAUUUGCACGUUUGUUCAAGUAAUAUUACACGAUAGUUGAUUUAUGAUUACGAUUCUCAAUAACUAUGUCAAGUUUUACUGAUUCAGCUCUGGAAAAAAAGCUAGCUGAACUGAAUAAUUCUCAGCAAAGUAUACAGACCUUAUCCUUAUGGCUUAUUCAUCAUCGAAAACAUCAUAAAACUAUUGUUCAAGUUUGGUUACGUGAAUUAAAAAAAGCAAAAGAAAAUAGAAAACUGACAUUUAUGUAUUUAGCUAAUGAUGUCAUUCAGAACAGUAAGAAAAAGGGUCCAGAAUUUUCAAAGGAAUUCAGUACUGUCCUUAGUGAGGCUUUUGCUCAUGUAUAUGAAUGCGUUUCUGAUCCUAAAACAAAAAGUGGACUGGAUAGAAUCAUAAAGGUUUGGGCUGAUCGCAACAUUUAUGAUGGUACAGUAAUUUCCUCACUUAGAGCUUCUAUGCAGGACAAAAAAUCACCUUCGUCAAAACCAAAAGUCAUUGAAACUAAGAGUGCAAAAAAAAGAAAGUCAGAAAAAAAAGUUAAAUCGUUUGAUGCAGAACCUGCUCCAAAGAAAAAGCCUGUGGUAAAAGAUGACACAGAAAUAAGUUCCACCUCUCCAUCAACCACACCACCUGAUGCUGAUGUUUUGAUAAAGACUUUACUAGACUUGGAAAAUUGUCCUUCUGCUGAUGCUGUUGUACGUGAAAAAAUUGCUAGUCUGCCUCCAGAAGUUUCUGAUGCCUCAUUGUUAGAAAAAGUUCAAACUAGGGAAGCUGGAGAAAAAUUAUCCAAACAAGUUGAAGAAGCGUGCACUAUGUUAGCAGAAUACAAUAAUCGCUUAACAGAAGAACUUGAAGAAAGAAAAGAAGUUUCCAAAAUGUUGGGAGAUUUCACUCGAUUUCAACGAGAACAAGUUACAAAAUCAGAGCAAAAAAUUGAGGAAUUCAAAGAAAUACUGAAACGAGUAUCACAGGUUCGAAAUGAUUUGAAAUCUCACUUACAAAAUCUUCCUGAUUUGACACUUUUGCCAAGUGUAACUGGUGGUUUAGCGCCAUUACCAUCUGCUGGAGAUCUAUUUGGUUGAUUUUUUACAUAAUACUAAGGUUUGAUUCUGCCACAUUUGAGAAAACCUGAAGUUUUUCUAAAAGCAAAGGAAAUUAGGAAAAAUUGAAAAUUAAGAAAGAUGGUACUAUUGCAAAGAAUACUUGUUGAGUUCAUAUUCUUUCUUACUUAUUUUAUUAUCACUAGACCUAUGUUGUACAGAAACUGAUUUUCUUUGUUCAUCUCUAUGAAAAUAUUUUUUAUUUUAAGAUUGUUCUUAUUUUAUUUAUGAAAAACAUUUAUUAGAUAAAAUAUUGUUUUUUAAUUCAAAAGUUUUGGAUUCUUUCAAAACAUUUUUUGAUAAAAAUCAUUGUUUCCAUACUUAAAAUUGGAAAAUGAUGUGGUCUUUAGAAGAAUUUGAAAUUAUUCAAAAAGAUUUUCUAGACCUUUUCAAUGACAUGUGUUCAUGUGUUGCAGUACAGCAACUUUUAUUUGGGAUUCAGAAAAUUGGAAAACCAGAAAGCCAGGGCAAAUUUGCUUGCUUUUCCACCGAUUAAAAAACAAAUGAGAAUUUUUUUCCCCUUUACUAAGAAUAUCUUUAAAAAAUAUAUGUACAGUCGGACCUCAAUAUAAGGUCAUCCCUCGGGACUUUGAGAAUGUGACCUUAUAAGCGGAGUGACCUUACAACUGGUUUAUAAACUUUUAUCAAAAAAACAAAUAUAAUGUUUUCAAAACAAUAUCACUUGAUGAAGUUGUGAUGUUUUCAUCAAGU